AUGACAUUGAACGGUAUCAAGGACGAGUUACACGUAGCAACGCUUGUGACGUUAGUUGGCGCAGAGUGUUACGAGUUGAUGUGCGAUUUGUGUUCACCAACCCAGCCCGAGGAAAAAACAUUCGAUGAACUGGUUCGACUAGUUAAAGAGCAUUUGGAGCCCGAGAGAUCGGAGAUAGCAGAAAGGCACCUCUUCAGGCAAAGAAAGCAACAACAAGGAGAAAGCGUUCAUGCAUAUUUACAAAGUUUGAAGCAUCUCGCUAAAAGCUGUAAUUUUAAAGAGACCCUUGAGAUGAACAUCCGUGAUCAGUUCGUUUCGGGGUUGUACAGCGAAGAAAUGCGUUCGCGGCUGUUUGCGGAGAGAAACAUAGACUACGCGCGAGCUGUGGAGCUAUCAUUGGCGCUGGAGGCGGCGGAGCGGCAUGCGGGGGCGGCGUGCGCGACCGCGCUCAGCUCAAGCGGCUACGGCGGCGCGGGCGCGCGGCUCGCUGACGACGGCUUGCAUCGAGUGAGCUCCGUGCGGCCGCGGCGGCGGCGGCGUCGGCGGAGCGGGCGCGGCGGGCGC